AGCAGCGCCAGCUCUUUAUCAUCAGGCGUUCCCCAGAAAAGUCCGGAGCCAGAGGAAAAAGUCGGCUUCCACUUCUGCAGUGUUUGAUCUAUACAACACCACGGCUGCGCCGUGCUCCCCGUGCAGUUAUUAUAGCCCGGUGCAAUUUAUGGCAGCCCGGGGGCUGCUGGCAAAGGGAGGUGAGGCAAGUGGGAUCCCACCAGGGCUGGCAAUCACAAAACGCAUGUUUUAAAGAAACUUUUGGCAUUUUCUUUUUAUUUUUAGAGCCCAUAUAGAAGAAUCUGCCCUGUCCUUUUUCGCGGGACCACGGCUCUGAAGUCACAACCUCCCGAUUCUCCAACAGUGCUUUAAUUCACGGCCCGUGUUCAUACCACUGGGCGGGUCAUAAAUCCUCCCCAGCUACCUGUACACAAAGCCGGCAUUCAUUUUCAUCACGCCGUGACUCCAGCCCUGGCUUGGGGGACUUCCCUGCCAACUCCCGGCUCGGCAGGACCCCCGCUUUCUUCUCUGAGACCACCACGCAGCAGCAGGGCUUUUCAUGUGGCGAGGAAUGAAACUCGCGCUUCGAGACAUGUCUCUGAUGAAUGAGAUUUUUUUUUUUUUUUUUCCCCCCAAUUUCUUUUCCUUUUUUUUUUUUUUUUUUCCAGCUCUCCUCAGGCUUGGCUCUGGAAAGCAGGGUCAGGUUAGGCUGUGAGAGCAUUAGUCCCACUCCAAAGGGCAUUAAGGAUGCUUGGGGCAAGGCUUUUCUCAAUGCCCAUGUGCAGAGGGGGGAACGUCCAUCCGAAGGUGCGACUGAUUUCAGAGCCCUCCGAGCGAAAUUUCAAAAUGACUCCAACUUGGCCAACAAGCUGGUGCAGCCGCGCAAGAAGCCUCCCCCUGAAAUCCCUCCCAAGCUGGGCUCUGGAGGGAAUGCCGUGUCCAAGCCCCUGCCCCUGAGUAAGAAAGAAGCGGUAAUACUAAAAUCCAAGGAUGAACCUGCCCAUCCUGCCACCCAACCCUCCGCGCACCCCCAGGGCAACCCCUCCGCGUGGCCUCGAGCCCAGCUGGGUUACGUGGAGCCGACGGAACACAACGAAGAGCACAACGGCAACGUCUUGGAGAAAGGGCUGAGUUCUCCCAAGAACGGUCCAGGGAAGCCUCUGCCAUCCUAUUGCGUUGACCGGCGAGGAUCAGCCCAAACAUCUCCGCUCCCAAAUUCUUUCCACCACGCCCUACAGAUGUGGGAAAACGCUUUAUCCCGCGGCGAGAAAGCAAGUGCAAUGCUCCCAACCCAACGGGCGGCAAACUUAUACGUGCACCCCUGCCCGGAGCAGAGGGUGAUGCGUGCUCCCGCUGCGUUGGGCGGCAGCAGGAUGCGACCGUCUGGAAGCGAGCCCACGCUGGACUUGCCUGCCCAGAAGAAGGAUGGUCUGCGCGGCAGCGGGUCGGCUCUUCCCCAGGCUCCCAGAGGACACAGGAGCUCGGAUGAAGCUGCUGCUGAGAGCGCGGCGGCAACUGUUUUCUGCCAGCCGGGUUAUCGUGCACCAGAAGAGCAACCUCAGCGCCAGAAAGAAUCAGAGCCUCCCUUCUGCCAGCCUGGAGCAGGAAAAUGCUCUCACAGCCCCAGGAGCAAGUGGCCAAGAAUUAAACCUCUCCCUUCAGUGGAAUCUCUGGGUCCUGCCCCUGGGAAACCUGCAAGACCCCCGAAGUUUGAUCUCAGUGCUUUCCGAAGUGCCGUGCCUUUGGUCCACAGAGGAAAUGAAACAACUGCUGACGAAGAGGAUUACUUGACCCCCGAAAGUGCUGAACUUGAAGAGCAGCAUAAUUACGAAGAAACCCCGAUGUACCUGAAUCAGUCUGGGGACACUACAACCUUGUCUGUCAUUGAAGGUACUUUGCAAGUACCUAAGGCAAAGCCUCAAGAACACAAGAAACAGAAGACUCUUCUCAUUGCCAAAUCCAGUCCUGGAAGAGCUAUAAUAGAGGAUGAAAAAGAGGAAAACCCAAGCCUUGAAGGAGGGAAACAGGAAGAAAAGAAAAUUUUCAAGACAGGUGGAAAUGAAUACGUGUCUCCCACUAGUCAGACCGAGGAAGAUGGUAGAGGUGGGAUGAAGGUCCCGCAAGCGAAGCAGGAUGUGACCAGUACCCAGACUGCAAAGCAUCCUACCCCACAAGGGCUGGCAAAAGACGGCGCGGAGCUCUUGCAGUAUGUGUAUGUUGGCACUCCAAAUCCAGGGGUAGAAAGAACAGCCUUGAACCAAAACACUCGGCAGUCUCCAGAGGAGAUAUAUGAUGACGCUGAGGAAAUGCAAGAUAGACUCAGCCACGCGUCAGAUGCCUCAAGUCCGUUUGCUUCAGCCAGCAUUUCAGGAAACAGCUAUGAAGAAACAUAUGAAGAUGUUGAGAUUGGGGGUGAUAAUCCAGGAAAAACGGAAACAGAAAAACAAAAGAGAUUUGGAAACUUGUUUAAGAUAGAAAAGUUGAAGCUGAAGAAUACCAGGUUCAAGGAAAACUUAAGAUUGUUUUCCAUUUCGGUACCAAAUUUAGCAGCUGUUUCCCAGGAGGACAUGGUGUACGACGAUGUCGAGGUGGGGCAGAGAGAGAUGAGAGAGAAGGACGACAAGUACAAAACCUGGAUGCCAAAAUUUCUGAUGGCAAAAGAGGAUAAGGACAAAAGAAAAAGCAGCAAUGAUGUGGAAAGAAAUAUCUUCAAAGUCAAGAAAAGUAAUCCGGAAAAAAGCAAGAAGAUGGAAAAAGAGGAGAAGUUUUUCAGAGAAACAUUUAUGUACGAUAAGGAGAUCAACGUCAUCAACACAGCCACUGCCGAGUGCUCGGUCCCCAGUAAGCGGAGAGUUGAUCUCCCGGUCACAGCUGGAGAACAGCUGGACGUUAUCGAUGUCACGGAGGGCAACGCAGUGAUUUGCCGCAAUUUGGAGGGCAGAUGUAAGUUUGCAGAAAGUCUCUGGCACGGGUGGUCACUUUGCAAUCCAGUUUUUGGGAGCAAGCAACAGUAUGUUCUUUGUGCUUAGCUGCUGUGCCUUUAUUUGCUCAGGAGUUUAUUAAUUUGCUUCUUUUUUUUCCCCUUC